AUGAGACACUCUAACGAGCCAUUAGAACCAAUUGAACUUGAGAUUGAGAGGCUUUUAGGUAAAGAAAAUGUGCUCAACAUGCAAACAUAUAUCAAAUUAGAUAUCAAGGUGUUGGAGAGUCAAGUUGGUCAAAUUAUCGCGAUAUUACAAGAGCGUCAACCAGGUCGUUUGUCGAGUAACACUGAAGUCACUAAACCUCAUGGAAAGGAGCAAUGCAGUGUACUCACUCUACGGAGUGGCACCCAAAUCAAUGUACAAGAUAAGUUUAGGGGAAGAUCGAAGAAUGAUUUACCCCCUAUAACCGUGCAAGCUAAACGUGAAAUGCCAGAAGAGACGCAAGUGGAAGACAAUAAGGAUGAGGGUUCAUCUAGUAAAGCAACUGAGGGAGUAAACAAAAAUUCCACGACAAAUGAUGUUCCUAUCCCUUUAUUGAAGGAAGUUAGACCCCCACCUCCUUUCCCACAAAGACUAAAGAACCAUAAUGAUGACAUUCGAUUCAAGAAGUUUGUCGACAUUCUGGACCAACUCCACAUCAAUGUUCAUUUUCUUGAAGCUAUAGAGAAAAUGUUGAAUAUGUUAAAUUCCUCAAAGAGAUUGUUACCAAGAAAAGAAAAGCUGAGAAAAAAUACAAAACCCACCUAUGUUAUCUUGCAACUAGCUGAUCGUUCCCACUUUCGUCCCGAGGGGCGAGUCGAGGAUGUCAUUGUAAAGGUGGAAAAAUUUGUGUUUCCAGUUGACUUUCUUAUACUGGAUUGCGAGGUUGAUGCCAUGACACCCAUAAUCUUGGGGAGACCCUUCCUAACUACCGGGCGUAUUCUUAUCGACUGUGAGAAGGGUGAGCUCACCAUGAGAGUGGCUGACCAAUGUGUCACUGUUAAUGUUUUACAUACUCUCAAGUACAUGGAUGAAUCUGAAGAACGCCAGAGCAUUUUCGAAGCGGAUUCAUUGAUAGCAGGAGAAGUUGAUCAAUUUUACCAUGACAAUUUCAUUCAGUUGGAAAAUUAUGAGAGGCUUAUUGAAGAAGAAAGUGUCGAUGAGCCAAAUGACUUUUCUUUGGAGGUACAGCGGGCUAGCUUUCUCAUAGCUAGCCUAGCCCAAGUACAUGCACAAGAUCCUAUUGGAAGAAUGUCAUGGUAA